UUCUCAAGCUGACCUCCAUUUUUUUUUAUGCCACAGUUUUACAUGCUGAAGUGACCAUCUGCAUACUUUAGCCCCAGGUAAAUGACAAAUCGCCAGGGUCUUUGUCUAGUCACAGAUUGGUGAUCACCAGUAUUAAUAGAUAGGAUUAGCAAAUGCAAGCAGUCCAGCAGGCUGCAAAGCUGCUACUUGUCUCCUUAGAUUCCCCUCUGCCUUAUCAGUCCCGGGGCUCCAUAGAAAGAGAGUGAUCAGAGGUUUCAGGACGGCAGAGGUCGGUUUCUUUCUCUUUGCACCAGGACUUGGGGAAAGGGCAAAUUCUGGGUCAGAAACGACAGAAAAUGUCUUUCCAGGCUUCCCCUCAGGCACCAUGGAGAAACAACAAUAUCACCUUUUUGAACAAAGACGCUCCUGUCUCAGAACAAGGAGAGACGAUCAUUGGCUUCUAUCUACUGGCUCUGGGUUGGAUGUCUUGGUUUGGGAACAGCAUUGUAAUUUUCGUACUGUAUAGACAGCGGGCUACCCUUCAGCCCACGGACUACUUGACAUUUAACCUAGCUGUAUCUGAUGCCAGUGUGUCUGUCUUUGGUUAUUCCCGCGGGAUCAUUGAAAUCUUCAACGUAUUCAGAGAUGAUGGAUUUCUGAUCACAUCCAUAUGGACUUGUCAGGUUGAUGGAUUUCUGACGCUGCUGUUUGGUCUUGCUAGCAUUAACACACUCACAGUGAUUAGCGUGACUCGCUAUAUAAAAGGAUGCCAUCCAGACAGAGGGCAUUGUAUCAACAAUAGCAACAUCAAUGUGGCCCUUUUUCUUAUAUGGAUAGCAGCUUUCUUCUGGUCAGUAGCUCCAGUCCUGGGAUGGGGCAGUUACACAGAUCGCAUGUAUGGAACAUGUGAAAUAGACUGGGCAAAAGCUAACUUCUCAACCAUCUACAAGUCUUAUAUAGUGUCCAUUUUCAUCUGCUGUUUCUUCCUGCCUGUGUCUGUCAUGGUUUUUGCUUACGUGUCCAUCAUCAAUACUGUCAAGUCGAGCCAUGUAUUAGGCGGAGCAGGUGACCCAACUGAUAGACAGAGGCGAAUGGAACGAAGCGUCACAAGGGUCUCCAUAGUCAUUUGCACAGCCUUUAUCACAGCCUGGUCCCCAUACGCGGUCAUCUCCAUGUGGUCCGCCUAUGGUUACUCUGUGCCCAAUUUAACCAGCAUCCUCGCCAGCCUUUUUGCGAAAUCUGCCAGCUUCUACAACCCCAUCAUCUACUUUGGAAUGAGCUCCAAAUUCCGGAAGGACAUCCUCAUCUUGCUGCACUGUGCCAAAGAGAUCAAGGACCCUGUGAAGCUCAAGCGGUUCAAGAACCUCAAGCAGAAACAGGAGAACUCGCCUUCUCAGAGAGAGGAGAAAUACGCGCCAGAAGUCCAGCCUGCACUGAGUCCUGAUUCUGGUGUGGGGAGUCGUUCUAACACCCCACCCCCUGUCAACAGGGAGGUGUAUUUGGGUGCUUUUGAUACCCCGUCCAACAACCCUGAUAUCGAAUGCGACAGGCUGUGACCCGGCUGUUCACAAUGUGCAGCCGGUGAACACAACCCAUAGGAUACUUCUGCCCCACUUCCUUUCACCCCUGCCCUUUCCUCUAGCACUUAACAUGACAUACCAGCUCGACUUCCAAUGAAGCAGGACACAUAAAACCAGCACUAAAAGCAUGUGCGGUACAUAUGGGAGACUCAUAAAAAUUGCUGCGUGGCUGAUUAAAUAUAAAGGUGGGCAGCACAUCUAGCCUGAGCAGGGAUUCAUUUCCCCCUCUGCAGCUGCAAGUGAAAGACGUUUUUGUGGAGAAUCCAUUCACUGGCAUGUAAAAAAAGAAAAACAAAAUUGCCAAAAUUUUCUCCACCUAAAUAAUAUAAUUCAGAAGUU